AACCUUUUAGAGCUCAGACCAUCGAAGGAAAAAAAAAAAUCAAAAUUUUCAUUAAGAAUUAAAUUACAAUGUUGAGUCACUGCAUGUGUAGAAAUUUUCAUGAUCAAGAAGAUAACGAGGACUAUCCAUGGAGCAGCAGUACUUCAUCGCCCAACAGAUCACCAUCACCAUCGUCAACACCAAAGAAAUCAGCUUCAUCGUCACCGAAAAGAAGUAAGAUAAGUAAUUUCUGCAAUAGGCACAAAAACAAAUCAAAGAAUGACAAGAACCCGUAUUCAUCUCGUGGGCUGGAUAAAUUCACUUUGCUGUUAGCUGAUCUUGAAGAUAAAAGAAUAAAGAUUUUGGAUGAAAUCGCUGCUACUACUACAGAAGAUAUCCCUUUAAUACGUUUCGGGUAUUCGAAUUCUAAGGGUAAUUUGGUUCCAAUUAUAAUCAGGUUGAAAAAUCAACAGAAGAAAAAACAAGAAACCAAGUUACAUAUUGAUGGUAAUGACAAAAUUGUUGAGAUUACAGAAGCAGUGAUAAACAGAAAACCCAAAGCCGGAUUAUCGGUCCCGAAACGUCAAAUACAAAGAACUAAUACUGCUAAACUUGGUGCAUCACCAUUAUCAUCACCAGAGGCAGUGAAGAAGAUACAGAAGAAAAGUUUGCUAGACAAAAGUAAAAGUCAUAUAUGCAAGUACUACUUUGGAAUUGUCAUAGUGUUGAUUCUGUUGUGUUUGGCGAUUUACGGAAGAUCGUUCGCGAUAAUCUGUAUGUCAGUUUGUUGGUAUUUGAUGCCUGUUGUCGACAAAAACUUGAAUUCAAGAUCGAUGAUGAAGAAGAACAAUUAUACCGAUGAGGAGAAGAAAAUGGGUAUUGAUGGAUUUCCUUGUUCAUUCAAGAUUAAGAAUAUUUCAAGAAGUACUACGCUGGAUAAUCUUCUAAGUUGUUAAUUUGAUCAAAUUCAAGAUCAUUAAUUUUAUUCAAUUUUUUUCUUUGUGAUGUUUUUUCUUGUUCUUUUCCUGUUUGGGUUACAGCAGGUUUGAAUUUUCAAAAUUUUCACAUGUUCAUCGUUCAUGAAUGUAAAUAGCUUGGAUUAGGUCAAGGUCAAAAGUCAAGUCAAAUGUACAUUAAGAAGAUAUGUUCUUACUGCCAAUUGAAUGAAAAUGUAAAUUACAUAUCGCGGAUAAAACCUUGUAAAUUUUCUAGUACAAAA